AUGGCGUCCUCACGUCCCCCUCCGUCAAAGUCUGUAGAUCUCGACCUAACCAUCGUCGCCGCCAAACAUCUCAAAAACGUCAACUGGAAAAACGGCGAUCUCAAACCCUACGUCGUCUUUUGGGUCGAUCCUGACCGUCGUCUCGCCACCAAAUCAGACGACUCCGGUAACACUUCCCCCGUCUGGAACGAACGAUUCACCCUCCCUCUAUCAUUUCCUCUCCCAGACUCCUACCUCACCCUCGAGAUCUUCCACUCCAAACCCUCCGAUACCCCCAAACCCCUCGUCGCCACCCUCCGCCUCCCCCUCAAAGACCUUCACGAACUCAACCACUCGACUAUCAACCGCAAGUUUCCUGUUAUUCGACCCUCCGGUCGCCCUCACGGCAAGGUUCACCUCAAGCUUGGCCUCCUCGGUCGCUCUCCUCCUCCCCCACCACCGCAACAAACCUACGAUUACACUAACCCUAACUCAAACCCCAACCCUAUUCCCAACCCUAAUCCUAACCCUAACCUUAAUCCCAAUCCAUCCUUAGUCUAUUACAGAGGAUACUCCUCUUCACCUUCUCCAUAUCCUAUGCCCUACACUUACCCUGACGCCCUCCCUGGCGGCUACUAUCCUGGUCCCUCAGGUUAUUAUUCCGGUGCUUCUUACCCACCUCCACCACCGAGACCUUUCUUUGACCGUACCGGAAGUUAUGCAGCUGGGCCCAGUGGACCGUCUGCCCCGCUUGAAUUUUCCUCCUCGUUUGAUCCGAGGCCCAAAGGCGGUAAGAUGGGCCUAGGUGCUGGGCUGGCUGUUGGUGCUGUUGCAGGGGCGCUAAGCGGGAUUGCUCUAGAAGAGGGGAUGAAGUAUGAAGAGCGCAGACUUGCGGAAAUGGUUGAAAGCGAUGCUGCUUCUGCUAGAGAUGAUUAUGGUGAUGCUCAUUACCGAGAUUAUUGA